AUGGGUGGUGUUACCGUUCGCGAUGUGGACGGAGGAGGCAGCAGCAGCAGCAGCAAUGGAGAUACAAGCGACAUGAGCACGGCCUAUCUCCCUGGAACUACCGGGUACAGAAGCGACAGAUUUGACGUGUACUGUCCGUGGAAGGGAACGGCAUUGAAAAUGUGUCUCAUAUCGAACAGAGAUCUGAUUGACCCUUGUGUGCUAUCAUUCGGGAAUCCGGUGACUAGAGAGCAAGGUAUCGAUAUUGAUAGUACAUUCGAGAGAACAUAUUUUCACGCUGCGACAAGAGAUGGAACUGCCUCCGAAAACGAACCCGACACUUCUGCAAAUUUGCGCACUCUGCUUGAUCACAGAGGGCUCAUGGCAUACGCCUUGUCAAGAUUGCAUGUCACUAACGAUCUCUUUUUUUCUCCCCUACAGGCUCAGAAGUUCAUUGCCGCCUACUCGGCUUUCCUGAAGCGUCAGGGCAAGCUCCCCAUCCCCGGCUGGGUUGACACCGUCAAGACCUCCGCCUCCAACGAGCUUCCUCCCCAGGAUGCUGACUGGUUCUACGUCCGCGCUGCCGCCGUCGCCCGCCACAUCUACAUGCGCAAGACCGUCGGUGUUGGCCGCCUCCGCAAGGUCCACGGCUCUACCAAGAACCGUGGUGCCCGCCCCGCCCACCACGUUGACGCCUCCGGCUCCGUCGACCGCAAGGCUCUCCAGGCCCUUGAGAAGAUCGGUGUCCUUGAGACCGAUGAGGAGAAGGGUGGCCGCCGCAUCACCCAGUCCGGCCAGCGUGAUCUUGACCGUAUCGCCAAGACCACCGUCGAGGAUGAGGAGGAGUCUGAUGAGGAGUAA